AUGAUCUUGGAAAUAUCAGGAAGCAAGAAUACAUUUAGAGAACUUAAAGUGAAGGUUGGAGAUGAGUUUAUUGAUGAAAUUGUUAAAUAUAUCCACUGUAGAUUACAAGUAUCCUUAAGGAGUGCUCUUCCACAACUUAUAUGGAGAUUGGAUCUAUUCUUACCAAAAGAUAAAGAUGGCCCAAAACAUGUCAUUAUCUUUGUGACGGGUGGAGCAUGGAUGAUAGGCAGGUUAUUAAGGAAUCCAAAGGAGAGACCAUGUCUCUCAGAUCAAAGCUUAUUUUGGUUUAUCCGGAAUGUAAACAAACAUGAUUUAUACUAUAAACAGAUGUUAACAUGUAUACCAACAUUAUAUUCUGGUUAAACAAGUAUACUAACAUACCAACAUUAGCUCUAUUAUUGCUUGAUUCUGAUUUGUAUUUUGGCGAUUUUAGUCUCCUCCCCUGUUAAGUUAACUUAACAGGUUAAUUGUUAAGUUGUAAAACACUUGAAGUUGUUUUUUAAGCAUGAUGUGAGCAUCCUGAA